UAGAAUAUCGUGUUUAAGAAAACAAACUUAGCAAUCUGAAUUACAUAAAAAAUGAGCAAUCUGUAUUAUAACCCUUUGGAUCAAUAAUUUAUGCGGUUUUAUUUGUUUCGAUCAACAGCAGUUACUGGUACAUUGCCGCCAGCGAGCCAUCGUGUAAAAGCGCAGCUGGAGAGCAGAGAGCAUGCGUUAAGAACGAGCAGUUUCAAAAAGAAAAACAAGUUUACGCUAUUGCGCACAAGGAAUUUGACUUAAGGCAGUAAGUGCCGUGACAAAGCAUACGGAAUAUUUCUGUUAUGGCCAGUAGUCUAAACGGAGAGGAAAACCCAGCACCAACAACGCCAAUUCUAAAAUCAAUGGAAAUGCAGCAACAACAGGAAACCAGGCAACAGUCGAAUGGCGAACAGUACAACAAGAAUAUAAAUAUAUCUGGUGAAGGAACUGAAUAUGGCUUCUGUGGGAUCUGCCUUAUGAUCUUAUCCGGCUUCAUCAUACUUAUAACCUUCCCUGUUGCUAUCUGCAUGUGUGUUAAGGUUGUUCAAGAAUAUGAAAGAGCCGUUAUUUUCCGUCUUGGGCGUUUGGCCAAAGGUGGCGCAAAAGGUCCAGGCAUCUUCUUCAUCAUACCAUGCACUGAUGAAUAUCGUAAAGUGGAUUUGAGAACCGUAUCCUUUGAUGUCCCACCACAAGAGAUUUUGACCAAAGACAGCGUGACAAUAUCAGUAGAUGCUGUGGUGUACUACAGAGUCCAAGAUGCCACCAUGAGCAUUGCAAAUGUGGAGAACGCUGAUGGUGCAACUCGACUGCUGGCACAAACCACACUGAGAAACAUGCUGGGAACAAAGAGUCUGUCCGAGGUCCUUACUGACCGUGAAUAUAUCAGUGCUGGAAUGCAGACUACAUUGGAUGAGGCUACAGACCCAUGGGGAAUCAAGGUUGAGCGCGUUGAAAUUAAGGAUGUACGCUUGCCAGUUCAACUACAAAGAGCUAUGGCUGCUGAGGCAGAAGCUGCAAGAGAUGCACGAGCAAAGGUUAUUGCGGCAGAAGGUGAAAUGAAUGCUUCCCGCAAACUAAAGGAAGCUGCUGACGUAAUGAGUGAGUCCCCUAACUCAAUGCAGCUUCGUUACCUUCAAACCUUGACAGCCAUCAGCUCGGAGAAGAAUUCAACCAUAAUCUUCCCUCUGCCUAUUGAUAUGGUGACCAGCCUCAUGUCCAAGAAGUAAAUUGAAAGAAAGAAUUGAUCAUGUAAAACUGGCAUUAGUACUAAUUCAACUAAUCAUUUUCUAAAACAUAAGUAUACAGAUGUAAUACAAUAGUUGCACUGGUAAAAAAUCUUUUAGAUUGACUACAUUCAUUAGAUUUGCUUUAAUAUUCUUUCAUUGGUAUAUUUGGGUAUUAACAUAUUCCUCAACCUUGUAUUUUGCGGAUACAGUAAGUUAUUGUAAAUACCACCAACUAAAGAUGUAGUUCUUGUGUAUACAACAACGUGUGAUUCUUUUUAAUAUUUCAGAGUUUCUUUUUUAAUCAAUACCUGAAAAUCUUGUUCCUUCCAACAAUUAAUUUCAGUAUUGCAUAACACUACACGUUAUCAAAUAAAAUUGCAACCCUUCAAUAGUUCUCAUUAGAUAUUGCAUUAUUGUUUUUCAGGUUUUAAUCCCUUUGGUAAAGUAAAAUAUGAAUAUUGUAAGCCACUAUGUAGCCUACUUUUAUCUGCUUGUGCAUGUGUUUUAUUUUCAUUUAAGCAAGCUUCAUUGGCCUUUAUCAAAAAAUUGGUAUAAUGUAAAUAAAUUAAUAAAUAUGUUGUAACCUACCU